AAUGUGUUCGGAGUUGAAAAAUAUAGAACUGCCAUCAAAUUCAUUUAAGUUUAUAUUUGGAAAGAAUGACAGGAAUUCCUUAGAAAAGGCUAAAAUUUUAAUACAGAAGUACUUAGAGAUGACCGACUUAAUCAGAGCGAGCCACUUUACACAUUUUUAAAUCCAAGCUCGGAGUAUUUGAAGCAAGGUGAUCUACCAAAGAAAAACAAGUUUUCCUUCUCAACGCUCUUUAAAAGCAAUGAAACGACGAGUCGUUCAUCACAAGAGAAGGAGGGCUUCACACACAAGUCGGCGGAUGAUGAUGAGAUGUCCAUGUAUUUGGAUGGGAAUGGUGGUGAUGGCUCUUGCAAACAUGUAACCAACUCUAUUCGAGCGGGUGGCAUGGGUGAAGAGCGCGACAGUAUAGCGGAGCCGCUUUACGCGCUCCUGAGUGAGGUCUUUGACAUGAGGGGCGUGUUCAAAUGGCUGAGGAAAACGCUCGUCACCUUUGUGCAGAUCACGUACGGACGCACCAUCAACAGGCAAAUAAAGGAGACAAUAUCUUGGCUGUUCUCGGAGCAAAUGCUGCAUUACUAUACGAGUAUAGUGCUGAAGUCCUGGUGGCCCGGAGGUGUCUUGUCCGAAACUACCUCUUAUAGAAACGAUAGGGAUAAAGAGCAUACCCGUACAUUGGCGCUUCAGCAACUUACCGAGAGUAUAGUGGGGGCGCUAUCGUCGCUAGUGGGGGCUCACGCGGCAGCCGGCGGGGCCCACAAGUUGUUCUACACGUUGCAGCAGAGUACACACAACAAGCAACUCUGUUACGAGAUCCUGGAGCUAGUUCUUCUCGAAGUGUUCCCUGAACUCAAGCGAUACCAUGCGGCGUCGCUGAACGAGGCCAAAGGAUUCCGACAUUAAUUAAGUACACAUAGGUAGUUAACGUCGGCACGAGUCGUGAGCACGCUUCUCAUUGGUGGGUCUGAGGCGCACGUCGACACGACAAACCGCUCAUUGGCAUUUCAGUCGUGAGCGCGCUUCUCAUUGGUCGGCCUGAGGCGCUCGUCGACCCGACAAACCGCUCAUUGGCAUGUCAGUCGAUGUCGUCAUCUUUAUUGGGUUUUCACGUGUCAUUCAGUCCUCUACGAAUCAUUUUCAGUGCUCACAGCUCGUGUCUAUAAUCUUGUAUAUAUAUACUGUUAUUAGGGUUGCCAAGUUUUUCUAAAACAAAUAGAGUAUGUCUGAUUUCAGAUAGUUUAUACUUAGUUUUUAUUUAAAUAGCACAGAUAAAUGAAAAUGGUAUAUAACAAAAAUUUUAAAAUUAUUUUUUCCGCCAGCAAAUUGUCACAAUGACAUUUUGUUUUUGGAGCAGCAGUCAUGAUCUGCUUUUGGGUUCCCCCAACCAGUAUAUUAUUUAUUUCUGUGAACAGGUUGUCUUUUUUGUGGUAUCUUAAAAUGAGUAUCCCUGUGCCAAAAGCCAGUAUUUUAUGUAAAGUGAGUAUUUGAGCGUACUACCUGAAAUAGAGUACAAUAUUCUAUUUUAGAGCACAGUGGCAACCCUAACUGUUAUCUUCUACAGGGACUCUAUCGAAGUAAUGUUGCUAUGAAUCUUUACGCUUACAUUUUAAACGGGUUUUAGACAAUGUGCUCAAAGCAUGUGUCGAAUAGUUUUGAACUGAUUUUCUUUUAUAACGGUUUCUCUAACAUAAAUACAUAUUAUUAUUUCGUAAUUAUAGAUUACUAGGUUCAUAAAUACACUUUUUAAUUUCGAGUAAGUCUAUUAUAGGUAAUAUAAGAAAUGCAAAAUAGUUCAAUUCAUUAGCACUUAUAAAUAGAACAAAAUCCUCAAAUUUUGGUAAUUAUGCUGUAUCUAUGUAAUCUAUCUACGUAAAUUAGAGGAUUUUUGAGUUAACUGAUUUUUCUAUGACCUUUACUAUGUAAAUAGCACGCAUAUGUCUUAACGCACAGAUCAUAAAUUAUCACAGUUUUGACAGUAUUUUUUUAAUGUUUGGUAUUUUUCCUCAUUUCGCAUUUGUUUUUUUUGAAGGGUAUCCAUAUUCAGACCUGCAGGAAGUAUUAUUUAGUUGAGAAGACCAAAAAUUUGUAGUUACCAGCAACUGCGAAAUGUUGCAGAGAAAAUACAAUUUUUUACUUUCUUAGUUAUAUACCUUGUUUUAUCCUCUCUACGUACGUAGGGUUUUCAUUGAAAAGAAAGAAUGAAUUUGUUGCCGGGAGCUUUUACUAAAUCUAGUUUAAUUUUUGAUAUAGUCUGUAUGUCGAAUCUCUUUAUGGUGCACACCAAAAAAUUCCUGCACAGUAGCUACUACGGCUUCAUAAUCUUCGAAUCUCUGUUCUUUCAAAUAAUACUUCAACUUUGGAAAUAGCUAGAUAUCACUACGGGCGGGGUCGGUUCAACAUGAAAGAUCAUUAAGUAUUUGGAAGCUAGCAUCUCCAUUUGCAGUCAUUCAAGGACGAACCACGGAUCAAGUGGGCCGAGGCAUUAUCUUGAUGGAACUAUACGGCUGAAUGACUCUCCUCAAUUUUUUUAAGGCGACACUAAAUGCCAGCAACCUUGAGCGAUAUGAGUUCACGGCUGCCGGCUCACCAUCUAUCUAACAAAGUCAAUAUUUUCAAAAUUCUUGCGUGGAAAACAGUUUAUAUGCUUACAAUCCUUGUUAUUAACUACUAAUCUGAAUAAAUGAACCUACACAAAGAAGUACAAGCUAUAAGAAUAACUUUUCUGAGAGAAGUAACAAAAAAAUGCGUCACGCCAUUCCAAAAAACUUGUUUAACUUCAAAGAAAUGUGGUAGUUCAAAAAGGCUCGGCAGUGUUAACUAUAACCAACAGCAAGCAUUAGCAACCUACAAAUAAGACUUAAGGAUAUGUGUAACAGGAUUAAGUAGUGUUCAUAGCUCGAAAUGCUAUACUUUCACCACAAAACUUGUCUAAAAACACCAUGUUUGCGUGUUUUCUGCUUACUCUUCGCCUUAAGAAUUGGAGAUGACGGUCUUUUCCUAGUAGACUGUUGGUUAGUCUCUGAAUUAUCCAUUGUUUUCAAUGGAUUGUGAAGUCAUGUUACAUCUUUCGUUUUUAAUCGCGCAAAGAAAUGUUCAGAGUCUUCUUGUAACAGUUCUAUAGAAGCUCAAGAAAUGUCUCAUUUAUUUUAGUUCAUCGCUAGACAUUCUGGGAACUCAGCGCGCAGUUACUUUCAACAUCCCAAAGCAUUCGUGUAUUUUACACGAGUCGAAAUCUUUAUUAUAUACGGCUAUUAAAAGUACGACGAGCAGAAAUAACGAUUGUUUCAUCUCUUUGAAACCAUUUUAAGAUUCUCAUAUUUGGUGGAUAUUCUUCCACGUUUAAAUUCGUCGCACCAACGUGCAACCGUAGAAUAUGGUGAUGCAUUUCCACUCAAAUUAUCCUAUAAAUCUUAAUUAACUAUCACUACUGAAAUAUUUCAAGCAAAUUAGGUGUCUGUAUUCUCAAUGACCGCACGCAAUUCAGUUUUAUCCAUUUACAUGACAACGUGCUCUCUAAAAAACUGAAAACUAAUAAUGUUGUUAUUUUUUUUCUUUUCUCAAUAAUAAUCUCGCAAAUAUUCCAACUUAUGUUUACUUUACCAACCAGAGUUAUUUUUUUUAGUUCUGAAACCUCAUUCCAACUAUUUAUUGAUCAACCCUCAUAUGCAUGUUUGAAGUAUGUUUUUGUAUCAAUAAUUAAGACUCAACCCGCAUGCCCAAUACCGGUAUCAUCGAUAUCUCGAUGAAUUUGCAUGACGGCUAUUAAGAAUGCGUUACCUUGUUUUAAAUGAUUUUCUCUUAUGCGAUAGUAGUAUACAUUUUGUCUCGUUCAUUUUACAUUCUCGGUGACAUUUUCCUUCGGGUCCGAAACCCGAAAACCACACAUUUGAAAUAAAUGCCAUAUUACAUUUGCGAUGAAAAAUGCGAUGCGGGACUCGAACCCGCGCCUUUCGGUUUCCUUCCGAGCGCUUUUAUCAACUGAGGCAACCGUUUGAGUCGUAAAUCUUAUUAUGUCUUGUUCAUCUCUCAGGUUGUAGCUUCAUCUACAGGAUCUACUUACAGUUGAUAUACUGCUCAACCCCAGUAAUUGGAUAUUACGAAAGUUGACUUGAGAUGUCGCUGUUUCAAAUUGAAACAGUUUGUUAUUUUUAUUAUUGGUAUUAAUACCAGAAGUCAGGGAUAUCACUUUAAAAAAUCAAAUUGUUUAAAGGCCAUAUUUAUAUGCAACACUCUGUAUAGUGUUCAUAACAACUGCGUCAGUGUGUGCCAAGUUGUCGCUCUCUGUUUCACGGUUACUGAUGUAUCAGUAACGCAUUGAAAAUGUCCUACGCGCCACUGCAUCACAUCAUGUUCGCUAUACGAUCGUUUGAAAAUGAUGCCGCGACCUAAACUAAAUAUUGUUUCAAUAAAAAAAUUUAUUUAUGUAUCCGGGGCCAAAAACUAGUUUUGGCAUCGGCAACCCAAGUGGCUGGUCCAUUGCCACUUCUGCCACUGCCCUUCAGCCAAAUGCUAUCAUGGAUACGCUCUCUCACCAACGACCUACACAACACCCGAUGGAUGAUUGUCUCAUGCUGCGGACAUUCGAAAGAAGCGAUAGGUACCUGCACUGUCGCCCAAACUGACACGUCAACUUAUCAGCCUCAACAGACAUGACAUCCGUAUAAUGGUCGGCACCCUAACGGGUCACACAUCAAAAAAACAAGCACCUUUUCACAAUCGGCGUAAUCGACAAUCCUAGGUGCAGAGGCUGUCUAGCUUAUAAUGUAUAAUACAGAAGUUUUACUCAAUAACACCAUUUAAAUAAAUAAUUUACUUUAGAGAACGGCUACUUAUAUUCAUUUUAAAACGUACACAAUUUGUAGCUGCGUUGGAUUCGUAACACAUUGUAAAAUUAGUUUACGUACCUGCUCACAGCCGAGGCGUAUAACACAGCAAGUGCCAUUUUCACGUCACUUACUAGUUUCCUUAUUGCUGUAAGCUCGAGGUCGAAUUUGAUAAGGACCAAUGCCACCUUAAAACUCGUACGUUGAAAGAAGAUAAAAUUACAAACUUUGUCCUAUUUUGGUGUAAUAUUUACUAAUGUUUUGUGCUUCUAUUAUUUUUCUUCAUAUAUAAGAGAUAUUUUACUCCUGAUCCCACAAAGAAAGGAAAAUGAGACUGCAAUAAAAGCAGCACGCGCGUCCCGUAAAUCGAUUGACAACUGACUAGAUAUCUCUAGAUAGACCUCGAGGAUUCUGCAU